AAGAAAUUAAGAAACUCUGACCACUCCUCGCAUCCGCUCGCACUCAAGGGCUCGGCCCUCACGCGGUGGGAAUCGUGGAAGCCCUAAAUUUUAAUAUUUUAGUUUUCGUUUCUUCCUUGCUUUGGCUCGCUCCACCACUUCUCUCCGCCUCCACCCUCCAAAAGUUAGGGUUUCCAAAGAUUUUUAGGUUGCUUUUUGCGAGGGUCCUGGGGGGAGGAUGCUCGUAUUACUGCGUCGGAUCUCCAUGCGCCGCUGGUCGAGCGAUUUUGUUGAUUGAACGGUUGCGAUCGGCGGGACUAGGUCGACGGAGGUCUGUUGAGUUUGCGUGAGUGGUAGCGGAUGGAGACCCCGUGGAUGGGGUUGGGCUGAGGGCAACGAGGGUGUCAGAUGGCAUUAGGGGAUCGGAUGGCGUCGCGUUUCUCCCAGUCGUCGACUUCUGUGUCAAGCCACCUUGAUGAGUUCUCCAGCAGAGAUGAUGGGGAUUCCUCCGGGCAGCGGAGGGAGUCGGAUGCGGUGGCUGGGGCUAAUUCAUCUCUGGCAGUGUCAAGCUUGGCGUACUUACCGCAGACGGUUUUUCUGGGCGAGUCCAGGCAUGAGGGAUUUGAGGAAUGCGUGCCCAUGGGGCCUUCGGAGAGUGGGUUGGUCUCCAAAUGGCGGCCCAAGGAUAGAAUGAAGACUGGCUGUGUGGCACUUGUUGUGUGUUUAAACAUUGGUGUUGAUCCUCCAGAUGUAAUUAAAAUAUCUCCUUGUGCUAGGAUGGAGUGCUGGAUAGAUCCAUUCUCUAUGACUGCGCCAAAAGCUCUCGAGACAAUUGGAAAAAGUUUGCAGGUUCAAUAUGAACGGUGGCAGCCUCGGGCUCGUUAUAGACUUCAACUUGAUCCUACAGUUGAAGAAGUGAAAAAGCUUUGUAGCAGUAGUCGAAAAAAUGCUAGGUCUGAGAGGGUUCUCUUCCAUUAUAAUGGUCAUGGCGUGCCAAAACCAACCGUUAAUGGUGAAAUCUGGGUUUUCAAUAAGAGCUAUACACAAUAUAUUCCGUUGCCAAUAAGUGAACUUGAUUCCUGGUUAAAGACCCCAUCAAUAUAUGUUUUUGAUUGCUCAGCUGCAGGGAUUAUUGUAAAUGCUUUUAUUGAGUUGAACUCUUCUGGUUCAUCAAAGGAUUGCAUUUUACUCGCUGCCUGUGAGGCACACGAAAAUCUUCCACAAAGUGCUGAAUUUCCUGAAGGAUCAAGAUCUGGAUUGCUUAGUGACAAUGAUGACAAGGAACACUCAUCAUUUUGUAGUACAAAUUUAGAUUGA